CACAGUAAUGAAAGGCAGUAAUCGGAAUAAGGAUCAUUCAACAGAAGGAGAGGGAACUGGGAAACGACCAAAGAGAAAGUGUCUUCAGUGGCAUCCACUACUUGCAAAGAAAAUCCUUGACUUUUCUGAAGAGGAGGAGGAAGAAGAGGAAGAAGAAGAUAUCGAUAAGGUCCAACUUCUUGGAGCUGAAGGUCUAGAGCACGAUGCUGAUGAAACAGAAGAUGAUGAAUCCUCAGAGCAGCGAGCCCGCAGGCCAAUGAACGCAUUUCUUUUAUUUUGCAAACGUCAUCGCUCCCUUGUGCGGCAGGAACACCCCCGUCUGGACAAUCGUGGUGCUACCAAGAUAUUGGCAGAUUGGUGGGCUGUUCUAGACCCGAAAGAAAAGCAGAAAUACACUGACAUGGCCAAGGAGUACAAAGAUGCAUUUAUGAAGGCAAAUCCUGGCUACAAGUGGUGCCCUACAACAAACAAACCUGUGAAAACCCAGUCAUCCACUGUUACAAACAGAAAAAAGCUAUGGGCAUUCCCACCAGAAUCUGCAAAAGAUUUACCAAGUCCCAAGAAAGUGGCAAAGAAUGAAGAAAUGCCUCAGCUGAACUUUGGAAUGGCAGAUCCUACGCAGAUGGGAGGCCUGAGUAUGCUGCUUUUAGCAGGGGAACAUGCUCUGACUGCACAAGAAGUUUCCUCAAGUACUUGCCAGUCUGAUGCAUCUAAUUCUACUGAAGCAUGUCAGAAGUCACCAUUGUUCCAGUUUGCAGAGCUCUCUUCAAGCCCAUCACAACCUGAUGCCCCGGCGGCUGCAAAACAAACAGAGGAGUCAGCACUGUUUCAGUUUGCGGAGAUCUCAUCAAAUACUUCACAGCUGGGGAGUCCUGAGCCUGUAAAGCAUUGUGGGAAGUCAGCACUCUUCCAGCUGGCAGAGAUUUCCUCAAGUACAUCCCAUUCAGGCCCUCCUGACUUAACAAAGCAGUGUGGGACGUCAGCGUUGUUUCAGUUGGCAGAGAUGUGCCUUGCAUCAGAGGCGGUAAAAGUGAAAGAACCUGGGAAGGUGGAAGUGGAAACAUCGGUGGAUGUGAAAGCAGAAGCUCCAGAGGAAGUGAAGGUGAAAGAAUUGGAGAAAGUGAACGUGAAAAACUCACAGGAAGUAAAAGUGGAAGAAUCUGAGGUGGUGAAAAAUCAAAAUGACGAAAAGACAAAAACCGAAGAGUUGGAGAAAGUUACAAAAUGCAGUCACUUUAUUGAUCCGGCAGCAGACAGCAGUACUUUAGAGAUAAAUAAUAGUACCAGUGCAAAGGAUCACACAUGCCAUUCUCAAGAGCUUUCACUUGCUGACUUUAAUACCCUGGGGCUGACCAAACCAGAAAAGAUCAAAAAGAAAAAGAAAAAAAAUAAGCUGGACCGGCACACAAACGAAAAAUCGAUGCCCAAGAAGGCUUGUAAAAAGAGGCAGUCCUCUGAGUCGGACAUUGAAAGUGUCAUUUAUACUAUCGAAGCAGUUGCAAAAGGUGACUGGGGCGCCGAGAGACUCGUCGAAAUCCCCCGGAAGAAGGUCCGCCCUGCUUCAAACAUGAAGGGAAGUGUGUUGGACACAAAGUCACCAAAGAAAAAAGUGAAAUCAAAAGAGAAGAGAGCAUCAAAGGAGAAAUCCUCGGAGACCACCAAAGAAUCAAAGCCUCCCGACUUUCUUAGCAUUACAGCCAAUACGGAGGCGCCUUGUGAGGUACCUGACAACAUAAAAGCAGAACCAUUGACCCCAACAGAGGAUGUGGUACCACACAGUUUACCUGGACAGGUCAAAACAGCAGACAGUGACUGUAAUAAAAAGAUUGAAACCUGUGGCUCCAGGAAAUCAGAGCGAUCUUGCAAAGGUGCUCUUUAUAAGACUCUGGUGUCAGAGGGCAUGCUCACGUCCCUGCGUGCCAAUGUGGACAGAGGCAAACGAAGCUCAGGAAAAGGCAACUCCUCAGACCAUGAAGGAUGCUGGAAUGAAGAAAACUGGGCCUUUUCCCAAAGUGGGAUGAGUGGGAGUAAAAAGCUGAAAAAAACUAAGCCAAAGGAAGAAUUUGUUCUGGGUUUAGCAAAAUUGGAAGAAGAAUUUGAAAAAAAAUUCAACAGCCUCCCUCAGUACAGUCCCAUUACGUUUGACCGGAAAAGCGUAUCUGUUCCCAGGAAAAAGAAGAAGGUUGGAAGCUGUCCAGCAGAACAACCAAAAUCCAACAAAGCCAUACUUGCAGAAGACAAAAACCCCAGUGAGCCUGCACGGAAGAAUAAAACUUCUGUAUCUGUCCCAAAUACUCCAGAGCCAGCACUGCUGCAUGAACCCUUGGUUGGUAGCCAGAAGAGGAAAGCGAGGAAAACUAAGAUCACACAUCUUGUUCGGACAGCAGAUGGCCGAGUGUCACCAGCAGGAGGGGCUCAGGAGGAAAAACCAAAGGAGCUACCACAGAGUAGUCUCCAAAAAACAUCAAGUGCGGAGACCGAUUGCAACGACGAAUGCUCAAGAAGCACAGAAGCAGAGGACACUCAUAGUAUUACGCCAGGCAUGCCAGCUGUGUCUGCAUUCUUUAGCCUAGCUGCUCUAGCAGAAGUAGCAGCAAUGGAAAAUGUACACAGAAGUCAGAGGGCAGCGCCUCUCCCACGUGACGGACAGCCAAAAGAAAUGUCUCAGGCUCCGGUGCUUAUUUCCUGCGCCGACCAGUGAAGCUCUACCUUAUUGUAAAACAUUGUGCUUUACCUAAUAUCCUAGCCUUGUCUUUACCAAGGGAAGCUAGUCAGUCCAUAUGAUGGAAAAUAUAGACCUGCAAACAAGUGCUUCUUGCUGUGAGUGGCCCAGAUUUCACUUGAAGCCAGAAGUUAGCAACUUGGGCCAAGUCCUCCAAUUGGAACCCAGAAUCUAGGAAGGUGGUGUUAUUUGUCUAAUAAUGAAAAGAAAUGGAAUGAUCCUGGAGCUUGCUUUCUAUUGAAGGCUUUUAAACAGUAAAUAGGUGGUUUGUGUGAAAAAGGCUGCCUUUACAGUAGCUCACACAGCAUCUCUUCUAUCAACCAGAGGGUAUGGAAACUAGUUUCAUAUAAUACCUAGUUAUUCUAAACAAAAAUACAAAAAAAAACAAAAAAAACACUGACGCACUGCACUAGUUAUUAGAUAUUCUUAGUCAUUUUUGUACAUGAAGAUUUAAGUUCUAAGAUGGUUUAUAUAAUAGGUUAUGCCUACAUUUAUAUUGUAGAAUGAAUUUAAAAACCUGUUCUGGAGAACAUAAGGCAGCAUGGACAGAUGUACCAUUGUUAGCGGUGUUUGCUCAACCAUGUGGUCCAGAUGUUCUGCACUUUUAUAUUUGCUACCACAGUGGUAGAGUUUACUGGCAAAAAUUCUGACAGGCUGUGUUUGAUUUUUGUUGUUUGUUUGUUUUUUUUAAUUUAGCAUUGAAUAACCAGAAUGAUUUGCAUUAGAAAAGAGAGUGGCAUAUGGGAAAGAACAAUACUGCAGAUUAUGGACUGGUCUUUCAUGCAUUGGAGGGUUCCUUUAUUCUGCAUAGAGGUCUAAAUGACUGGGUGAAAUGCUCAUGUAAACAAAAAAAAA